AUGAAGCUGCCUAUUGAUUUCAUUGAAUAGCAUGAAGAAAGUAUUCAGACAUAAAGAGCAAAUAAAUUGUAUGAUGUUGAUGGAAAAAUAUAUAAAUAAAAAAGCAAGGAAAAAGAAUCUGAAGAUUCAUCAGAGAAUGAUAAGCCAGAUAUUGAUCAAGGGAGUGGAUUAGGAAAUAGUAGUGAUAAAACUUCAGAAACAUAGCAAGAGGAUUAAAAUCCUGAAGAAAGAAAGGGUUCUAAUUCUGGACCUAACUAAAAACACAGUAUCAUUGAUUAGGAGCAUGUUGAAGAAAACAAAGAAGGGGAAAUAAAACCUAAAAUAUUUGGAGUAGGUAAUAAAGGAGGAGAAAAUAAAUUAUAGGAUGGCUAAUAAAACAUUUAGCCGAAUCCAUUUAGAGAAAAAUUCUUAGCAAAGGCUUAAGGAAUAAGUUAAAAACCAUAAACUGAAAAGAGUGGAUUGAAUGUAAUAGAUAUUUAGCCCUCUAUAAUAUAAAAGUAGAAUGAUCCUAUUCAAAAAACAGUUAGUAGAGGCAGAGGUAAAGCAUCAAAUUAAGGUAGAGCAUUUUUCUCUUCGAAGCAAAAUCAGAGCUAAGCAAAGGACUGA